AUGUGUCUUCUGGCUGGGCCUUUGGGGACGCGGCCCCUGGCUCUCCGUGGCCUGUGUUCCUGUUGUUCGCUUCUCUCCCAGCGGACCACUGUGUCUGGGGCGCCGCGCCCUUCGGUGCGCUCGGACCUCGCGCCCUCCGACCGGCUUCUCCCAGUCCCCGGGAGGAGGCGCUGUGCCCGGGCUGGCCUCUGCCAAGCUUCCAGGCUUAACGCCCGGCUCCCGCCCCCGCCCCUCCAUCCCCUCCUGCCUCCCCCACUCGCCUUCAACCCCACCCGCCACCCACACUCGGCUCCGCAGCCGGGCCCCGAGCGAGCUCCGCGAGUCCUGGCGAGAGCCGAGGGCUCCCCGGGUUCAAAGGGCCGCAGCCCCGAGGGAACGCCCUCCUUGCUGUGCCCCGGGGGGCAGAAGCGGACUGCUGGGCGGUGGGACCGGCCUGGGCCACGGUAUGCUACUGCUCAUACCGGCCUUGCUGGGAGAGGAUCCUUGAUGACUGGGACCUACAUGGAUGCCAGGAUGCCAAGGAGUCAACGCCUUGUUCCCUGGGUAGCUGGCUCAGGCUGGUUCUAACAGAGUCUAUUGAUGCAAACCAGAAUUUUGAAGCUUGGUUCACAAAGUUGAGACAACUCCAGCUUUCUUUGUUUUGGUCAGUAGAGUACUGGAAGCCGCCUGAAAGUAUAUGUUCAGCCAAACUGAAGGGAAAAUUCGAAACAAAGUAAACUGGUGACUCAGAUUCAAAUUUGGUGGCUGGAUGCAAACAAAAGUUAGCUCUCCAUGAGACUACGCAUCUAAUAUUCCUAAGGCCACUGUGAAGCAGAAAUCAUUGUACCUAGUUAAUUAUUAUUUUGUUGAUUCAAAGCAACAGAGUGAGAGAUAGCAUUCAAAUCUUCAGCUUGUAAAAAUAAACCAUUCAAGUGUGUGUUACUCAUCUGGCCAUUCAAGUGUGUGACCAUCUGGAGAUGGUCAGCCUAGGUCAGCCUGUCCUAGGGAAAUAUUCAAAGUCAAGAUCAGCUGUGUCUACCUGGUUAUGCCACAGGCCUAUUCCAGAUUUAGACCUUCCUGGUUUGGGAAGUGGGUCAUGGGAAAUUUGGAGGAGGUGGAAAUGUGGGUGGGGCCAUGAGUCCGAACGUGUAGCAUGGAGAAUGCAGGAAUCUAGUGGGUGAAAAGAAUAAUUCUUCUCCUACACAAAUGGAAACGUUCUCAUUUGUGCAUUUAUUUAACAUCCACUUAUUAAGCAGGCAAGAUGUGGCCAGCAUGGUAGCAGGCACUUGUGGAUAAAAAGAUUGAAAAUCACAGUCCCUGCCCUCAAGGAGUUUUUAGGUCAGUGAGGGAGAGGAAAGAAAGCCGAUAUGAUUUAAUAUAAUACACCCUGGUAAUUAGUACAAAGAGCUUUGGAAGUUUGAGAGCGUGAUCUGUCCUGCCUUGAAUAACUGCCUGGGAAAGACUUCACCGUGCAGAUGAUUUUGACUUGGAUCUCAGAAGAUGGGUGAAGUAGGAGCAGAGCAAGGGCGAGACAACAGACAAAUGGCAAUUCCACUGGAGGGAAGCACAAAGCAAAGGUGGAGGAG